UAACAGAUCGUUGUAAGUUAUACAUUAUCUUGAAUUCUUAAGCCGCUUCUGUUUAAACUAGUCGACACGUUCUCCUCGUGUGACGAGUCGUGUUCGACCGUACUUGUGAGUCGUUGCCUAUUCGUAAUUAAAAAAAAAAACAAAACAAAAUGGCCGCCCCUAGACGCGUACUUGUCAUCUACACUGGCGGGACUUUUGGAAUGUUGAAAAAUGAAAAAGGCGUGCUGGUACCACAGAAGAAUAUAGAAAAAGUAAUAAGAGGUUUACCACAGCUUCACGACAAUGAAUAUUGGGAGAAAAAUUUAGCCAACACUGAAAUGAAAGAAUAUUUAGCAAUACCAGAUGGCAAGGACACGGAACAGAAGAUAUUUUAUAGAAUUCAUGAAUACGAUGAAUUGAAAGAUUCAUCAGAUUUCACUAUCGACGACUGGCUUAAAAUGGUCAGAGAUAUCAAGAGGUUCUAUCACGAGUACGAUGGGUUCGUGUUACUUCAUGGUACUGACACGACGGCGUACGGCGCCUCCGUGCUGUCUUUUAUGCUGGAGGUAGUCGGCAAGACUGUGGUGUUAACUGGAGCUCAGGUGCCGAUAUUCCAGCCUCGAAGUGACGGCAACAAUAACUUCCUCUGCGCAGUGCUGAUUGCCGCCACACUACAUAUACCUGAAGUCACUGUGUUCUUCGGAGCUAAACUCUUCAGAGGAUGCAGAGUAAAAAAAGUUUCCAAUACUCGUAUAUACGCGUUCGAUUCUCCAAACUUUCCGCCGUUACUGGAAGCGAAGACCACUUUAGAUAUUGACCCUCGCACGCUGAUCCAUCCGCCAGGGUCUGUGCCUGAUGACUGCAGGAUACACGACAAGCUCUCCACUAAAGUAUACGUCCUCAAAGUAGCACCAACGAUUACACCUGAACUGAUCAGAGCUGUUUUUAAUGGAAUGGAAGGGGUAGUAUUAGAGACAUACGGCAAUGGAAACAUACCCAUCAAACGCAAGGAGAUCUACAAGGAAAUCGAGCGCGCGGUGAAGAACAACGUGCUGGUCGUGAACGUGACGCAGUGCAUCAACGGCACUGUGCUGGGGAAAGCGAUAUAUGAAACUGGAUUGCUGCUGGUGGAGUGCGGCGUGGUGCCCGCCUUCGACAUGACGGCGGAGGCGGCGCUCGCCAAACUCUCCUACGUACUCACUAAGACAGACUUAAAUUAUGCACAAAAAGUACAGUUAAUGAAGACGAAUAUACGCGGAGAGUUGUACAAUCCUUCACAUGCCAGUUAACAGGAAUUAAAUUUAGUAUAAAACAUCUAUGUUUAUGUGUAUAUUAUCUCGUCAUAUAUAAUCAAUGUAUAUUUGUGUAAA